GUUCACCUUGUCUGCAUUCAAUAUUUUAACCAAGUUAGUAUUACUGAGAAAUAUAUAUUUUAAAAAAUACUUAGCUGCUGUCAUCAUUAUUCCUUGUUGUUUAUUACUAUGAUAACACUGUUCUUGUAUUACUAGUAGUGGUAGUAAUAGUUUAAAGCAGUAUUGUCGUCAGCAGAGCAGCAGAAACAAGCAACACAAAACAGGUGAGCCUGGUCAGAUGACCGCACGCAUCUGAUGGGGCAGUUUGACCGAAUACUGAGAAGGCUUAUUUGACAGUCAUGUGUCCAGUGGAUGUCAGACGACGCCUUCGUAUAAACGACGUUUUCCUUCUGCUGAUUAUCCUCAAGUUUGGCCUUCACGCAGUGGACGCAGUGUGGCCGUUGCCACAGACGUUCACCUCCUGGACAGAGAGAUACCCACUGAAUCCCCAGCAUUUCCACUUUGGUUACAGAGGACGAUCAGCCGCACUGGAGGGUUGCCCCGUUCUCGAUGCUGCCUUUAAGAGAUAUUUUUCUCUUAUUUUUCCUGACUACGCUCCUGUUUGUCCAACAGGAAAUGAUAAACUUCGGAUCCGUGAGGACAAGCCAUUUAGUGUAGAAAUCGCUGUUGACGGUCACUAUUGUGAGAGUUAUCCAACUGAGGACUCAUCUGAGAGAUAUAAUCUGAGCGUCUCAGCCGGACAAGCAUGUUUGAAUGCAGAAACCGUGUGGGGUGCUUUAAGAGGUCUGGAAACCUUCAGUCAGCUGGUGUAUCAAGAUGACUCUGGCUCAUAUUUUGUGAAUAAGUCUGACAUUAAAGACUUUCCCAGCUUUCAGUUCAGGGGGAUUUUACUGGAUACCUCGCGCCAUUAUUUACCUGUGCAGGCAAUUUUAAAAACUCUGGAUGCAAUGGCCUACAGUAAGUUCAAUGUGUUUCACUGGCACAUAGUUGAUGACCAAUCUUUCCCUUACCAGAGCCGCACAUUUCCAGACCUGUCCAGUAAGGGGGCUUUCCAUCCGAUGACUCAUAUCUACACACAGUCAGAUGUAAGAAGGGUGAUCUCAUACGCCAGGAUGUUGGGAAUAAGGGUCGUUCCGGAGUUUGAUUCACCAGGCCACACAAAAUCUUGGGGAAAAGGGCAGUUGGACCUGCUGACUCCGUGCUACAGAAGGGGCAUUGCUUCAGGGACGUUUGGUCCCAUUAAUCCAGCAUUAGCCUCCACCUACCAGUUCAUGGAAUCACUGUUUAAGGAAGUGUCGUCUGUGUUUCCUGGAUCUUAUUUCCACUUAGGAGGGGAUGAGGUUGACUUUUCCUGCUGGAGAUCUAACCCUUACAUCCGAGCAUUCAUGCAAAAAAUGGGAUUUGGAGAUGACUUUGCAAAACUGCAGGCAUUUUACAUCGAGAAAAUUGUGAAUAUCACAACAGCUCUCAACAAAACAUCAAUUGUGUGGCAGGAUGUUUUUGACUACAAUGAACGACGCAGUUCUUUGUCAGUGGUGGAGGUGUGGAAACAGGGCUGCUACCUGUGUGAAGUACGCAGGGUGGUUAAAGCAGGGCUCAGGGUGAUUCUGGCCUCUCCGUGGUAUCUGGACCUACCAGGACCCACACACAACUGGGCUCGCUACUACAAUGUGUGGCCCCUUGCCUUCUCAGGUUCUGAGGAGCAGAAGAGGUUGGUGAUAGGGGGUGAAGUCUGCUUGUGGGGGGAAUAUGUAGAUGCCACAAAUCUGUCUCCACGACUCUGGCCGAGAGCCAGUGCUGCAGCAGAGAGGCUGUGGAGUGAUGAGAAGCAGACUUCCAGUGUGGAAAACGCCCUCCCUCGACUGCUUGACUUUCGGUGCAAGCUCCUGCGGCGAGGAAUCCAAGCAGAGCCUCUCAAUGUCGGACACUGCAGACACGAGUACCAAGGUGUUUAAGGAGUCUUGUUUGAGCAUUAAAAGAAAUCUGAUACUGGGCUUUCAAAGUGGUGUGAAUUAUUUAGUAUUUUGUUUUUCUACUUUAUAGUAAACUCUGUAUAUAUUGAAAAGCUUUCUCAGGGACUUAUUAUCAAGAUUUUAUUCUUUUAAGUGAUUUUUUAAAACAAUAGUUUAUUCAUUUCUUAUCUUUAAUAUUUUAUAUAUUUGUUUUUAACAAACUAAAGCAGUAUCAGCCCCAUAACCAUAUAACAAAGUGGAUGAGUUUCUCUACCAGUAUGCUGUAGUUUGUACCCUUGACUGGACUGAAAUGUAAUAAAAUUCUAUAU